AUGAGCGAGUACAAAGCAUCAUGCUAUGCUCUCCAACACGCAGUAAGAGCCGCCAAACACAGAUACAGGGAACGAAUAGAGUCUCAUUUCCAGCUCAAUAACUCCCAACGCAUGUGGCAGGGAUUAAGGACCAUCUGUGUCUUUGGAAAUAAAUCCUCUGCAGAGGUGAGAGCAGAUCCAUCGCUGGCUGAUGAGCUAAACUCUUUCUACGGCCACUUUGAAAACAAUCUAAGCAGCGCGAAUCUGCCGAUCAGCGCGUCAGGAAGCAGCAGUCAGAUCAGCGAUCAUCAUGCGAUCACUGUGUCAGAGGAUGAGGUUCGGAGGGCUCUAAAGCGAGUGAACGUCAGGAAAGCAGCAGGACCUGAUGGGAUUUCUUUCUUCAUGAAGGUCUUUGAGGGACUGAUUAAAAACUACAUCUGCUCCUCCAUUCCAGAUACUUUGGACCCUCUUCCAUUUGCUUAUCGCCCCAACCUUGUCCUGAAUUCUUUACUCUGCAACUGGAUUCAAGAGUUCCUCUCCGGCAGACCUCAAGUAGUGAAAUUUUGCCAGCUCACCUUCUUCAGGAAGAGACAGCAGCGGCCCUACACUUCUCUUAUGAUCAGCAGGACCCCUGUGGAGAGGUUGCUACAUGACCACAGAGAUGCAAUUGAAAAUGAGAUAUUUCCAUUGGAUAUGGCAUUGAAUUCUGUUGAUGAUCAAUAUGAUGGCUGUACAAAGGAAAUGAAAAAUCUAGUCAAGACAAUAUAUCUGGAGAAGGAAAUGUCUGAGUUUUGGCAAAAAGGUGAAAAGUAUUACAAGGCACCAGAAGAUAACUUGGCACAGAUCCAUUCUGUCGCCAUAUAUGUGUACACAAGCUCAAAUGCUACAAUGUAUCGCAAUUUCACUAAUGCUGUUUAUGCUGAUAAAGAAAAAUACAAAAAUAACGCUUUUACAUGGUAUUCUCUUCACUUUUUGUUAACAGAAGCAAUACAGAUUCUGAAGAAAAAACAACAUAAAUGCUAUUUGACUUAUCGUGGUACAAAGGUUAAAUUUGAUGGAAAUGUUCUGAACACGGAGGUUCGUUUUGGUUCGUUUGCAUCCUCAUCACUUAAUCGUAAAGUAGCAGAAGAAUUUGGAAAUGUAUCUUGUUUUGAAAUCUACACUUGUGAAGGUGCAGAUAUUGCAAAAUAUUCAAGGUAUCCCGAUGAGAGAGAGGUAUUGAUUCCUCCAUAUGAGAUGUUUAAAGUUACUGCUGUCAGGACAGGGAGUGAUCUGAAACAUCUCUGGUGUGACACUGUGUUCACUUUGAAAAGCUCAGGAACAAGAAGUGACCUGAACUGUGCAGUUUUCCAAAAGACCUGGUGA